ACAGCCCACUUAGAGCGGAGAAGCAGAAGGUCUGGUCAGCAGUCCCGAGUCCAGCCUGUUAGAGGGAGAAGGUCAGGAGCUGCCCUGCUGAACAAAUGAAUACUGUCUUGCAAGUCUUCUUCUGUUAGUGUCCACUUUUUAUCCAGUUUAAGUUUACUUCCACAAACACUGAGGAGAUAAUUAAAGAUCAGGAAUGAUUAAAUAUGAGAAUAUGGAAUCUUGCAGAAUCUCCCAUCCACAACACACGAACGCAUCUUGCAUGCCAAUGCAGAAAAACACAGAGAAGGAGAAAACUCACGGCUGCUUAGAGUGCGGGAAGACUUUUACAACACAGAGUCAUCUCAAAGUACACCAGCGCGUUCACACGGGAGAGAAACCGUAUCAUUGCCCCGAGUGUGGGAAGAGGUUUAUCACGCAGAGUAACCUCCAUGAACACCAGCGCAUUCACACGGGAGAGAGGCCGUAUCGCUGCUCAGAGUGCGGGAAGAGUUUUAAUCAACAGAGUAAUCUCAAAGUACACCAGCGCAUUCACACGGGGGUGAAACCGUAUCACUGCUCCGAGUGCGGACAGAGUUUCAAUCAACAAAUUCAUCUUCAUACACACCAGCGCAUCCACACAGGAGAGAAGCCGUAUCACUGCUCAGAGUGUGGGAAGGGCUUCAAUCAGAAGAGUAAUCUCCAGCUGCACCAGCGCAUUCACACAGGAGAGAAGCCGUAUAACUGCUCAGACUGCGGAAAGACUUUCACUCAACAGAUUCUCCUCCAGCUACACCAGCGCAUCCACACAGGAGAGAAACCCUAUCCCUGCUCCGAGUGCGGGACGAGCUUUAAACAAAAAGUUCAUUUACUAACACACCAGCGCCUCCACACAGGAGAGAAGCCGUACCACUGCUCGCAGUGUGGAAAGAGCUUUAAUCGGCGGAGUACACUGACGCUACACCAGCGCCUUCACACCGGAGAGAAGCCGUAUCUCUGCACAGACUGUGGGAAGAGUUUUACUAUGCAGAGUAACCUCCUAACACACCGCCGCCUUCAGGGCAAAGAGAAAAAACACUGCUGCUCAGAGUGUGGGAAGAGUUUUUCAGGACAAAGUAAUCUUAGAAAACACGAGCGCAUUCACACAGGAGAGAAACCGUAUCACUGCUCUGAGUGUGGGAGGAGUUUUACUCACCCGAGUAAUCUCAAAGCCCACCAGCGCAUUCACACUGGAGAAAAACCGUAUCACUGCACAGAAUGUGGGAAAAGUUUCAAUCAACAGCGUAAUCUCCUUCUACACCAGCGCAUUCACACAGGAAAGAAGCCGUAUCAGUGCUCAGAGUGUGGGAAGAGUUUUACUCAUCACAGCAAUCUCAAAGUACACCAGCGCAUUCACACAGGAGAGAAACCGUAUAACUGCUCAGAGUGUGGGAAGAGUUUUAAUCAAAGGGUUAGUCUCCAGCUACACCAGAACAUUCACACAGGAGAGAAACUCUAUCACUGCACAGAAUGUGGGAAAAGUUUCAAUCAACAGCAUAAUCUCUUUCUACACCUGUGUAUUCACACAGGAAAGAAGCCGUACCACUGCUCAGAGUGCGGGAAGAGUUUUACUCAGCGGAGUCACCUCCAAACCCACCAGCGCAUUCACACAGGAGAGAGACCGUAUCAUUGUUCAACCUGUGCAAAGAGCUUUAGAGACAAAGAUACUCUCAGAAAACAUGAGCGCAUUCACACAGGAGAGAAGCCAUAUCACUGCUCAGAGUGUGGGAAGAGUUUUACUCAACAGACUAUUCUCCAAACGCACCAGCGCGUUCACACUGGAGAGAAACCCUAUUACUGCUCAGAGUGUGGAAAGAGUUUUAAUCGACUGUGUACUCUCAGGGAUCACCAGUAUAUUCACACAGGAGAGAAACUGUACUCCUGCUCAGAGUGCGGGAAGUGUUUCAGUGAAAAGAGUGGUUUGAUAGUACACCAGCGCAUCCAUACUGGAGAGAAGCCGUAUCACUGCCCAGAGUGUGGGAAGAGUUUUGCAGACAGAAGUCAUCUCACAAGACACCAGCGCAUUCACACCGGAGAGAAGCCGUAUGGUUGCUCAGAGUGUGGGAAAAGUUUUAGAGACAGCAGUCAUCUCCAGAAACACUGGCGCAUUCAUACCGGAGAGAAGCCGUAUCACUGCUCAGAGUGUGGCAAGAGUUUUAGAGACACAAGUCAUCUCCAGAAACACCGGCGUAUUCAUACUGGAGAGAAGCCGUAUCACUGCUCAGAGUGUGGAAGGAGCUUCAGACAUUUGAACACUUUAAAGAUACACAAGUGUAUUAAGAGAGAGGUGAAAAAUUCUUGACACCUGACACCUUUUAUUUUUGUAUGUUUAUUUCUUUGUCAUUUAUGAUCCAAGCAUGUAAUGUACUGUCCUCUUACAGUCUGAGCAGGAAUUUCUGUACCUCAUUCUUCUUUUCAAUGACCAAAAAAAGUUGUCUGUGAACGUCUGUCAAUCUCUUUGCUUCUUUGGUCUAAAACGUCUAGAGAUAAAGGGAAGGAUUCGUGAAACUCGGUGGUAAUUGUGCUGCACCAUGCGAAAUGUCCUAUUCAUAAAGUCACCUUAACAGUGAUCAGCACGCCAGUCUCUCUUUUUCCACUGUGGUACUUUUUGUGUUUUCUAGGCAGCAGCCAAUAAAAAUGGAACAAGUUAAUGACCCGAUUAAUUACGACCCGGUUAAUGACGAAAGCACUUGUUUGGGUGCCAAAAUCGCCAUGCUACAACUACUAUGACCCCGUUUACACCUGGUCACUCCAUGUGACUAGUAUUUGAAUCAUAUCCUGAUAAGAUUGUGUGGCCUUGCAUGUGGCUACUUGGGCCUUGUUCAGACUGCCAGCCCAAAUCCAGUUUUUGGCAUAUCUAAAUUGUAUCCAGAUUAAUUUUUGAUCAUCUGGACAGCAAAAAAACCACAUGAAAUCUGAUUUUUGCAAAUGGAAUACAAACCACAUUUGGAGGUGGUUUGAAAUGUAAAUCCAAUCAUUGUUACAGAUGCAUCUUGGUCUGGCCACUCUGGCCGCUGAAAAUUGGAUUAUCUUUUGUGUCACUCACGUGACAAACGUUAACAAUGUCAAAUCCAGAGUGACUGAGAUUCAAGGUUUGAGUGAUCAUAUUUGUAUCUGUUUUAAAUGCAUCUUGGCUGCAUUUACAUUUGCAUUUUUAUGUGGCCUCAUCCAGAUAUAAUCCUGAUAUUCAAAAUGCAUGAAGUGACCAGGUGUAAACAGGUUCUAACAGUUUGCCAAUAAUUCAGGACAAGUUUUGGCAGUCUUGUCAUUGUCACCCUGCUUAGAUUUGAAUUUCUGGUGACAUCAACCCACAAACACUGUAACAAAUUUCGCCUCUUCUUUUUACUCCAUGCGCAUUUCAAGCUGUUAGCCGAGAUGCUAACACAACAGCCAGAGCCUGCCCUCACAUCAGUUAUCUUGAGGGAUUGAAUUAUGCAUUAAGGAAUGCCUUUACUUUGGUGAUCCACAUUGACUGACCUGCCUGAAAUUUGGCUACAAGCUACUAAAAAUAUCUGCAGUGAAUUUCAUAUUUGUUUAGUAGUACAGAUUCUAAGCUUCUGUGCUUUUGUAGAGUACGUACCUGAAAUAACCUUUUAAUAAUGUCAGUAAUAUUUUAUGAUUUCAUAUUGCUGUAAUGUGUGAAGUAACCUUUUUUUCACCUGUGUUUCCUUUCUGGGAUUAUUCUUUAGGUGUGGUCAUAAUGGGUCCUGAAACCUUUUAGCUUAAAAAAAUAAUUCAACUCAAAAACAUUAAAUAUUAUAUGUGUACAAGGACCAAAAUAAAAAUGUAUUCUAGUCUCACAAAUGGCUUAUUCUUUAUUUAAAACAGCAGAUUUUGCCAAAAAGGGAAGAGUUUGCAUGCACGUUCAUCAGUGUUGUGCUCUGAGGUGGUGAAAUAUAGGAGAGGGGCACUUGGGGGCAAUCAAUUUAUUUGUUCAUUAUUUGUAUUUAUUUAUUUAGUUUUAUUGGGGCUACUGCCCCUAUGGCUACCCCCGGAUCCGUACCUGGGUGCAGUCUGGCUGGUAAAACAGAAUGUUUCUGUGACUUUGUUUAACUCUCUCACAACCUGUAAGUUAAUAUGACUUUCAUUUAAUAAUAAUAACAUUAUUCUAAAUAAAGAACACAUGCUUAGUUUA